AGUUUACGCGAAGCUAGCUUAGCGACUUCCUUACUUUGGGCACUGUUCUCAAAAAGUGCAGGAUUCAUGAACCUUUUCCUAACUCCAUAACCUUAACCUACGCCGAUCACCUAACCCCUCGCCGGCACACGUUAGAUGCCACCGCCGCCGUCCACCAUCUCCGACGAUGAUUCCUCUUACUUCCACGUCAGCAGUACUUCUUCCAACUUCACCAAAAUCCUUACGAUCUUCUCUUUUACCAGCUCUUCUACCUCUAUAUCGAGCUCGCCUCCGCAAAAAACUUAAUCUGAGAAGGUUGAGAAAUGGAACUUGUAGGGCAGAGUUUGCAAACGACGCGCCAAUCGCCGUCGCUAUCGGUGCUUGCAUUUUCAGCUCGUUGGUUUUUCCGACUACUUACACGGAGGAUGAUGACGGGGACUCCGUGAUUGAUUCUGCUGAUGCGAGGUUUGCUGUUAUGGGAAUUAUCAGCUUCAUUCCGUAUUUUAAUUGGAUGAGUUGGGUUUUCGCGUGGUUGGAUACUGGGAAGCAGCGUUACGCUGUUUAUGCUCUUGUGUAUUUGGCUCCAUAUUUAAGAACCAAUCUGUCUCUUUCUCCUGAAGACAGCUGGCUACCAAUUGCUAGCAUCCUCUUGUGCAUCUUCCACAUUCAACUAGAAGUAAGUAUCAAAAAUGGAGAUUUUCAGGCAUUGAACAAAUUUACUGGGACUGGAGAGGAACUAUCAUCAGUUUCUAGGAAGAAAGAUGAUAGCAUCUCUGAAGAGGAGGAAACAAACGAUCAUAAGAACUUGCCUUCAGCACAAGAAGAAUCAAGAGAUGAGAUAAGGAGGUGGGAAAUUUCUAGAAGGCCUUCCGGAAAUCCUGAGGACUUGAAUGAAGAUGAAGAAGAUCUUAGUGGAAGGAAACACUAAAUUUGCCUGCUUAAGCUCAGUUUUGAGGAGCUCAAAGCCAAUCCUUUGAUGGAGCACAAUAUAUGCUGGAGUAUAACUAUGUAGGUAGUUCAGCGACGGAAAAAAUUAAGCACUUCUGUGUCCGCGAAAGUAGAUUGAUCUUAAUGUGCUAUGAUUCAACUCUGCACCAGAUAUCUAAAUGGUCUGUUAUCAAGAUUGGAUCAGCGCAGACUAUUUUUUCACAGCUGUAGUAUGACUGACUUAUCUGUUUUUGAUUGUAUUUUAGUGGGGUUUUCCCCUCGUGUUGUUUCUCUAUCUGAGCUCUAUUUGGAUCACCCCUAAUGGGUGAUAGUGUUGGGAGUCGAUGAAAGCUUGUAAUUUUAGUUUUUUGACACUGAACAUCCUUGAGUUUCUUGCUAUGUUGGCAGGUCUCAGCUCAGAAAUUGUGUAAUUUCAUCAGGAAGAAUUUUAGUAUCUUAAAUUCUUAAAUUCCAGUA